AUGGCAGAAAAUGAAGCACAAUUUGAAACGUUUAUUCCAGCAGGAGGCUAUGUUAUGAUUUUGAUAGCAGUAUUUAUUGGUCUAGCGAUCAUAGGCGCUUUGCUUUUUGUUAUUAUCCGGGGAAGGAGGGACAAAUCUCAGAUAACAGGAUGUCCUGAGAGCUCAACAGGUGAACCAAAACCUUCAGCUCUCGACUUCAACAAAUCCACAGCAUUUGCUAGAGAAAAAUACUUCAAGGAGUCAAAGAAAAAAGAUAUGAAAAAGAAAAAACCGUUUAGGAAAUUUAUUGGCCAACAACCCAUCACGUCAGAACAAAAAAGGUUAUUCAACAAUAGCGAAUCGUCAGGAUCAAAUACAAGCUCGCCAUGUAAUGAAGAAGUUGAACGACAGUCACCAGAAGUUGUUUCGAGAAAUAAAAUGAUUUUGAAGAAAUUCUUUUCUAAUUCAUCCUCCAAAAUCAAUGCACUUAGCAAGCUUUCUGUUGUAGAACAGGGAAUGAAAAAUCCUUCCACUGACCGACAAAAUAAAAGGGGAAAAACCAGUCCGAACAAUCAUUCGCCUCGGUUCGGAAAAACAAGUUCAUUAUCAAUUUCGAAUAUCGAUGUUGUCAAAUCUACCGAUAAAAACACGGGAUGGGAUGUUGCAGCAAAUAGAUUUGGGCAAUCAUCACAAACAAUGGGGUCAAAACGAAUUGUUAGUGGUUUACCAUCGUCUGUUAAAGAUACAUUAAUUGACAAAAAAGCCCAAAAGCCUUCAAAUUCUGGAUGGGAUGUUGCAGCGACGAAAUUCGGACAAUCUUCAGAAGCUAAAGGAUCUAAACGAAUCGUUGGUGGUUUGUCAGCGUUUAUGAAAGACAAAAUUAUGGAAGAAAGUAGGAAGAGAGAAUUGGAAAUUUUAAAUGGAAACAAAAAGAUGCAAAGCGUUCAGAAAAACUUCGGAAUAUCAACAAAUCCAAACAGAUAUGUGUGGACAAAAAAACAUGUAAAAUCACAGAAAGAAGCGUAAAAACUACCAUUUAAUCUAAAAUUAGACUUAACUGAAAUUUUAAUUUUAACGAUUAGUUAGAAAGGAGACGAUUUUAAAAAUAUAACAGUUUUUAGGUAGCAUCACAUGUGCAACACUUCCAUAUUUUAGCAAACACUACUGCUAAUUAGUUGCAUAUCUUUAAGAAGGAGUCUGUCUGGACAUAUUUGUAUUGAAUUUUAUUUAGAAUUUUUCUUAUUGAAAAACUGUAGUUGAUUGAUUUCCCCAACAUAAAUUCCAUUUUUUAUCAACGGUACACUAAGGGUGU